AAGUGAUAAAUAACAGCACAUGUGCGAAGUCGCUAAAUAGUAAAUGCUGAUGUAUUAUAUUUUGAGACUACCUAUUGUUUUUACUCAAGAAUUAAGGUAUAUUAAUAAUCAAAAUAAUAUUAUCUGCUCAAUAUGCCCAAAGUGAAAAAGGAAAAAGGUCCUAGUGACUAUGGCAGACAAGGAAUUAUGUUCAAAAAGGAUUUUGGACAACAUAUAUUAAAGAAUCCACUUAUUAUUCAAGGAAUGGUAGAAAAGUCAGCUUUAUUACCUACAGAUACUGUACUUGAAAUUGGCCCUGGAACAGGAAACUUAACUGUUAAGUUACUGGAACGUGUUAAGACAGUGAUAGCUUGUGAAAUUGAUGUUAGGUUAGUGGCCGAGUUGAAAAAGCGUGUUAUGAACACUCCUUACCAAAAUAAAUUGCAAAUAAGAGUUGGAGAUGUCCUUAAAUCUGAAUUACCAUUUUUCAAUGUGCUUGUGGCUAAUAUUCCGUAUCAAAUAUCAUCUCCUCUGGUUUUCAAGUUACUUUUACACAGGCCUUUUUUCCGGUGUGCUGUACUUAUGUUCCAACGAGAAUUCGCAUAUCGUCUUGUGGCCAAGCCUGGAGACAAACUUUACUGCCGUUUAUCAAUCAACACACAGCUAUUAGCUAGAGUUGAUCUUAUAAUGAAAGUUGGAAAAAAUAAUUUUAGACCUCCACCAAAAGUAGAGUCCAAUGUGGUGCGUAUAGAACCUCGUAAUCCACCACCUCCCAUUAACUUCAACGAAUGGGAUGGCUUAACAAGAAUUGCAUUCUCCAGAAAAAAUAAAACAUUAGGUGCAAUUUUUAAACAAAAUGCUGUUGCAGUAACAUUAGAGAAAAAUUAUAGAGUUUAUUGUUCUUUAAAAAAUCAAAAAAUAGAAGACGACUUUGAUAUUAAACAAAAACUGGACGAUGUUUUAAACAAAAAUGAUUUUUGUGAUAAAAGAGCAAGAAAAAUGGAUAUUGAUGAAUUUAUUGAAUUACUACUUGCCUUUCAUAAAGAAGGAAUUCAUUUUCAAUGAACAUAAAAAAAUCAUUUUUUAUUUAAAAUUGUUACAAAUUGGACUUGAAAAAUAAAAAAAAUUGUUCGAGUACAGAAUCAAUUUUUUUUUAAAGUUGUUUGCAACUUUAGUAGGAUUUAUAAGUAAUAAAAAUUAAGUUUAUUUUUUGUUUAAUUUAUAUAUUAUUAACUCCCCUUUUGUUUUAUCAGUAUAAAAAUAUAAUAAUUUUUUUUGUAGUCUUCCCCAAAUAACUAGAUGGCUAUUUGAGGAACGUGGCUGUUGUUUAUCAGUUAUUGGUUCCCAGACUUGUUUCUCUGAAUAGUAAUCACUAAUCAUUUAUAAUUUAACAAAUUGUAUUGAAAUAAACUAUAUGCAUUAACCACG